GUUCGACAGUACCGGCGAUGCCUACGCCGACAACUUCAUUGUCGCUGGAACAUUGUGCUAGCAAGUCAGCCUCUUCUCAUAGAACGGGAGCCAUGGCGUCACAGGUACAAAGUACGAGUCACGUCACAGGGAAUAAGCCAAACAAAGACACCCUUUCCUUCACAUGGGCUGAUCUACUAAGAUCAGACAACGACAAAAGUAUCUUUGGUGCACCAGCCACAGGCAACAAUUUAAUUUCAGUGGACAGCUCACCUUGUAAAAGGAUUACUCAACUGAGCCCAAAGGAUGCGUUAGUUACAGCCGAUGAACUAGAAACUUUCUACUUCUAUGGAGAAGAAGGGUUUGAUUCAAUUAAAAUUGAAUCUAAAGUCUUUAAAUUCGCAGUCACCAAUCAGGAUAUUAUCAUUUUCGAAAUCAAUAAAUCUAUAUUGUGCAAGAUUGAUUUCGAUUUUGACCUAGCUCCUCAUAUCAUUCGGUUCAUUUUCCAACUCACAAGAGCUAAUCAUCCUAAUUAUAGGCAGAAAAGGAGAUUUGGACUUAUCACUGUUUCUUCGGGUAUCAACAAAUCAGGGAGAUGGCUGAAAAUUUCUAAAGAAAAGGGGAGCUCCAUUUUAAUCCCUAUGGGCCCACACAAUUCCAACCUCAAAGAUUUCUUGGCAAUUUUCUCUAAUUUUGUGGGACUAACCAAUUUGAUACAGGAGAUACCAAUGCAUUUGGAAAAUGAGCCUUUGACCGGCAUUGAGGAAACCAUAUCCAAGCUCAUAUUCAAUUUUGAAGUACAAAGAGCUUAUGUUGUGACAGAACCACUCCACUCUUCUGAGAAGCAAGCCAUAACACCCCAGAUGCCACAGAACCAGGCUUACUCAGACGCAUCCGACAACUUUGAUUAUUCUGAUGACUCUUUUUACACAGACGACUUUCUAGGACAUGCAACUGAAAGCGAUCGUCGUCCUCCUAUUUCAUACCCAAAUGAAAUCAGGAAAUCCAAAUUUAACAGUGCAAUUUGCCGCAAAGCUAAUUCUGUAACCUCGGAAAAUUGUUUGCCAACUGACAAUUUGAAUACACAACUCAAGAUAUACAGAAAAUCUCAAAAGAAUAAAAGACGCCACAGCAUGAGGACUAGAUCUCAGUCAAGAGAUUUUCCUUGGGAGUAGUUUUUAUUUUUGUUUCCGUUAUUUUCAUGUACCUUUUUUCCUACUUCCUUUCUCGCAUUGUACUAUUUUCUUCUAUCAAUAAAAUUCUCUUUUCUAUCAAAAAAAAAAAAAAAAAAAAUUGUACUCAUAUAAAAUAUUUGAUAUCAUUUAAUAUUUGUUCAAUUUAAAGAUGGAACGUGGUAGACAUUCUGUAGAUGUGGGUAAUCUCCAACGCAACCGCAAGAGGGAGAUUGCGUCGACUCGUCCUAAUUCACGCAAAGGCAAAGGUAAAGCGCGGGCCGAGUCUUCUUUUCAAAGUCGAGAUGAUUUUGAAACGGAUUACCAACGGAGAGAUGAUAUGAUGAUGUCCGACGAGCAUCUACAAAACCUAUUGUCCCAAAACGAUCCACGCUUUGCACAAGAACAACCCAUCCCGACAACCAUUGAUGAAGAGGAGCUCGAGGAUGACGAUGCGGAGGAGGAUGCGGGGGGCGACGGGACUCACGGCACCCCAGAUGAUGAGCAAGACUUGGAGGACGAGGGCGGUUCAACCCAAACUGGUAAGAAAUCUAAAUCUCCUAUUAUUGAAAACAAUUUUACAAAAAGGAAAGACAAAAAUACCGAAAAAUGGUACGCAAGUUGCAAUCAUUGCGGCAAAGAGUAUAGCUUGGGA